AUCGGGACAGACAGAGCAGCUGUAAUUUUACAAAGAAUACAGCAGUAGCAUUGAAGUCAACAAUCGAGCACCAUGUCGCAUGCAUUAAAUAAUUCUGCAGGUACCUCUCAUCGCGACUAUGGAUCUAUUACUACUUCGACCACCGUCACUCCAGAGGUUAGCUUUGUUGGCGGCUUCAGCCCCACAGAGUUUAUGUCGCUGAGUGAGGACAUUGCCCAUAACAUCAAUGCAAUCAACUCGAGCACCAAGCAACUCGAAAAAGCUUUGAAGAAUAUGGACAGCUCGUCGGUACGCGAUAAGGUGCACAAGAUUAACAGUAAGACAAAGGAGCAUGUUGAAACAACAACUUCGUAUCUGCAACGCUUAGCGACAGUGGUACCGCGCGGCGAUCAGCAGCAAAAGCUUCAGCUUGACAAAUUAAAGGGUGAUUUUGAAAGUGUAGUGAAGAAAUACUCGGCUUUGCAAAGGAACAUUUCAACCUCAUUGAGACGCAGCUACCUCCUGCAGGAGGAGAUUGCACGGGGAGAAGCAGAAGAGUCUGCUCAGGGAAACUCACUAAAGAAGCAUGUGGAACAGGAGGAAAUGGCCCGCCAGUUGGUGAUGAUGAAGGAGCGUGAAAAGCAACUGAUUCUAUUGGAAGAAGAUGUACUUGAUGUCCAACAAAUCAUGGCCAAACUUAGUAUGAUGGUGCACCAGCAGGGCGAGAGCGUAGGUGUUGUGGAAACCGUUAUAGGACAAACAGCUGCAAAUGUGGAGGAGGGUCGGCUAGAGUUGGCUAAAGCGGAAAGAAGUCACCGGAGCCAGCGGCGCAAGAUUUUGAUUCUGUUAGCGAUUGCUGUGAUAAUAGGAUUAAUUGUAACUAUUAUUAUUGUCAGCAAAUUAAGUUAAUUUGUUAAUAAUACAUACUUAUAUAAUAAUUAUGUAAUAUACAUAUGUAAUAAUUUUAAGACCUUUUUUUGCAUUUCAUAUGCAAUCGACUAACUAUGAUUCAUCACAAAGUGAGAGAGCGCGCGCAAAGCGGUCGGACAAGUUGGAAUGCGUAAUAGUUUUUAGCUGUGUACUUGUAUUUAUAAACGACAAACCCAAAAAUUGCAUAAAAUACACAUUGAUGUUUUAUAAUGUUAUCAACUAA